AUGAAAGAAAGGAGUGAAGGAUUGGGGUAUUUUGCCCUACCAGGCAAAAGAAAACGUUACAGAAGAGCUCAUCAGGUGCGUCGUCCUUCAAUCUUACAAGAACAACUCCUUGCUCAUGUGGACGACCAGGAUGAUGGUCCACAUGAAUACACCUUAGUAAAGGAGCGAAAACAACCAAGAUCUGCUCCAACGAAAAGGAGGAAAAGGGAACGUCUCGACCGCCGUGUUGGUCGCCGCAUGAUUAUUGAUAUUCAUUUAGAAGUGUUAGACGAAUGUCAAAAGGGGGACAACAAACUGAACCAGGAAGACUUUUUUGAAAUUUUGGUUCAAGAAUUUAUGGCAAGAGAAUUUAUGAAUGAAGAAAAUGUUCCUAAGGAAGAUGUUCCUAAGGAAAAGGAUGUUCAAAGUUUAGAUUCCGGGUUUAGGGAGGAAGACUUUGUUCCUAAGGAAGGUAUCCCUCAGGAACAGGUUCCAAGUUCUGAUUCCGGGUUUAGGGAGGAAAACCUUGUUCCUAAGGAGGAUUUUACUAGGAAAGACGUUCAUAAGGAACAGGUUCCAAGUUCAGAUUGCGGGUGUAGGGAAGAAGACUUUCUUUGUAAGAAAAAUGUUCCUAACAAGGGGGUUCCAUGUUCAGAUUCUGGUUUCGGGUUUUAG